AGAAUCUUUGCGAUGAAAAUGCCGAGGCACAUGAGAUUAAUGGUGUGGUUGAUUGCUUCUGCAAGCGUGGAUAUUAUGGAAAUGGAAAAAUUUGUACAGGUAAGUUUGUAGAUGCAAACAACAAAUAUACCAACGAGGUAUAGCCACAUAUAUCUUAUAUACACUAGAUAGUGCUAAUUAUUAUUACACUAAUUAUUCUGCAAUUCAAAAAUUGAAGCCGUGAUUGCAGACUCAGGAUAUUCCCAUGAAGUGAGAAGACUCGUAUGUUUUCUAUUUCUUAAACAGGGAACUUAAACAUUAAGUUAAACCUAUUCCAAAUACAUGUUCAAACUAUUCAAAUGAUGAAAGUUAUUGUUUUUGAAGCGUUUAUUAGCGAGUGGGAAACUCCAACAAGGCCGCCAUCUAUUCAAAUGGGGCUAACCGCUGCAAUAUUCUUGUCUUAAAUUUUACUAAAAGAGAUGCGCUAUCUAGUUUAUAUCAGAUAUCUAUGGGUAUAGCAGUGUAUGGCAUCUCAACAGAACCGCUCCCUCCAAUACCUUGGACAACUGUGGGCUUUUUUUUAUAUAAAGUCGAAAAGAAGAAGCUGAAAUAAGCUAUUAUUUCUAUAAUAAUUAUGUUAAUAAGUAUGAUGGUCAGUAAAGGAGGGCUUAUGAUUAAAGAAGUAAACAUUGGCGUACGAGAUGGGUGAGGGGAGGGGGGGGGGAGGGAGCUGCCAGUUGGGAAAAUUUUAAACGUAAGUUUAUAAGAUAAUAGUUGAUGUGAAGAAAUAAUUUAUGUAUUGUGGUAAAAAAUUUUAAGCCAUUCGAAAAUUUUUGCCUCGUCUUCCUGGACCAGAAAUUUGUAGUUUAGCAGAAAAAAAUUCGUUUGAUUACUAUUCAGUCGGGAAAAACGCAACAAAGUCAGGCAAAUUUCUUUCUGCCCUCCUAAUCAAAACUAUUGAAUCUAUAAAUUUGUGACGAACCUAUAGAAAGAGUUGAAAUUUGGAACACAAGAUAUGAUUGGCAAGAACAAUCAAUAGUGGCCGGUGCAUCAUGUGUAAAUUCAGUGAAUUAAAUAAGAGCUUGUAUUGUAUAACAGCAAUAAUAAUUUUGGCAAGAUGGUUUUUAGAUUUUUUUUAAUAUCUUUAAUGUUGAAAGUUAAAAAGAUUAUUUCAAAUAAUAUAGAUGAUGAAUUGUUAUUUCGUACUUUUACAGAUAUUGAUGAAUGCAGAAUCACCUGUGCAUGUUCUGAGGAACAGGAGUGUGUAAACUGGCCAGGUUCAUAUUCAUGCGAAACGCAGGAGCCAGGUACUGAAGAAUUCUUUAAACUUUUAUAGAAACUAUAGCUUGCAAUAUAUCCACUCAACAGGCAAAGUUUUGCGCACCCACUAUUGUCUUGAUUAUGGUGUAUGCCAUUUAGAAGAAAUUAGUCAAAAGUUAUUUUAAGGUUGUAUUAUCUUAAGCAAGUUACCUAUAUCUUCACGGACAUUGUUAAACCAAAUUCUUGAGUCGUCAGUAUAUUUCUUUAAAACAGAGGGUCCUUGCGAUGAAAAUGCAGAGGCACAUAUGAUUAAUGGUGCAAUUGAUUGCUUUUGUAAACGUGGAUACUAUGGAAACGGAAAAACUUGUUCAGGUUUGUUGUAUAUAGAAGGCAAUUUUGUGACAUUUGUUAUGUGCGUACUAAAUUAUUAGGCUAUGUUUACAUUGUAUCGGAUCACUUUGCGUCCGACGCAAAAACCAUACCGGACAGGGCUUCUGUUUACAUAUGAAAUGUUGUUAUCGUCUCAAUUUCUGCAACGAACCGGUGGUGCGGCGGUUCGCUCUUCGAAGUGGUGCGCGAUGUAUCGGAUCGGUUUUUGCAACGCUCUCAUUGCAAUGUAAACACCAAUCGGAGCAAUUUCGGUUCAAUGCGUGACUCAAGAUGGAAUCUGGCAAACAACAACUUACUAUUCUAAUAAUAUAUAGAAGAAAGUACGACAGCAUAGAUGGGCGGGGUGGAAGCUGUUUACACUUGGGCCGUAACUUUUCGCGAACGAAACAAAAACUGAUCCGAUACAAUGGAAACAUAGCCUUAAUUCAACAUGUUUGCCAAAAAGAUACAUUUACAAAGGAUAUAUACUAAUAAAUCUCAAAAACGUAAAGUACAAAUAUCAAUGAGCUUUGGCAGUGAGAUCACAACAGGAAAAGCAUUUUCUGUAUCAGUGGUCCUUUGUGGAUAUAGCAUUAAAAAUACGCCGCUGAAAUAAACUAUUCGUUAUGCGUGUGCAUAGUAAAUAGGAAGCUUUGAGUGCAAUUUGGAUUAAACAUGCACGAGUUAGUUUUUCAACGAGCAUCAAAAUAGCAAGAGCACGAAGGACGAGUGAUGACAACAUUCGUAUGCUUCACAAUUUGAUCAACUGAGGAAAUGAAUGAUACUUUCUGGGAAUAUUAUAAACAAUGGAUUGUUCACCAAGAUUUUUGUAGUUCUCGUUUCCCACAAAAAAAUGUAAAGCUCUUUGGGUGGGGCUUGACAAAAAUAUAAAUACAAAGAACAGCCCAUAUUGUAACGUGUAUAGAUCAUUGGAUAGGAAAGAUUGUACUAUUAAUUUAAAGAAGAACACUGAACACAACACUUUACUGUUAAAAUAACGUUUUGUGUAUGUCGCUCAGUUAUAUGAAUGAUGAAAUUUAAUUUUAUUUCGCACUUUUGCAGAUAUUGAUGAAUGCCGGAUUUCCUGUGCAUGUUCUGGAGGUCAGGAAUGUGUAAACUGGCCAGGUUCAUAUCAGUGUCAAGGACUGCCAGGUAGAAUGCUAUACAAAUAAAAAUUACGAGACACAAAAUAUGAAAAACAGUGGCGGCGCAAGAGGGGGGUUGAGAGCAGGGCGCUUAUAUAAUAUAUAAUCGCCCUGGUUGGGACGGGUGGGGAUGGCGGAGUGGAACACCACACAUUAUUUUACACCAUUAGGUCACAUUUGAGUGGAAUUGAUUUAAAACUGAUAAUUGUGGCUACAUUUUGGGGAAAUGUGGGAAAGUGUUAAGGAAACUGAAAGAAAAACGGUACGUGAACAAAAAAUACAAGGAAAAAUAUUAUGUCGUGAAGAUUUUAAAUUUGUGAAUACAGCGGAAAUGCCUCGGUAAAUUUCACUUACACCCCCUCCCCACCCCUCCCAAUAAAGUUGGGCUAGCGCCGUCCCUGACGAAAAAUCGUAAAAAGCAAGCCCGCAUUGUCUUGCGUUGGCCAUUGUGCAGAUAAAAUGAGAACCUUUUCUGAGCUCCAGCGCCUGGCACAUUUGUGUGAAUUUUGACAUUUACCUGUAGAUGUUGUAUAAAUUUUAACAUCGACAAACGUACUGGGGCAUGACUGAGUAUAGAAAAUAACCGUAAGCAAUUUCAUUCUGUUUACAUAUGGUGCAUUACGUAAAUUUAAUGCCUCGUUGCAGAACUCGCAAAAAUUGGAUUUGAGCACUCCUUGUAUCCGGUUACUGAGGAUAGCAGUUCUGUAGAAAUUUGCUUAGACGUUAAAAAUUCUCAAGAACCCAUUAGUGGAUGGUAAGUACAUAUAUUUUUUUUCUUUUGUAAAUUCAUGUUCUUCAUUUACUUGCAUGAGAACUACUCUGAAGUUUUUCUUUGUAUUUCUUCAUAACAGUCUUUGCCAGUGAAGGUAUGGCGACGAUAACUAUAGACAGCUGCGGUCUGCUGAUUGAGAAAGAUAAAACUACCUAAAAAGCAGACAUCCCGCAUUUCAGGCGCAGGCUCUUCGUUGGGAUCGGAAGUUAGUAGUGGGGGCGGGAAAAUUACAUGAGUUUUUACACUAGUGAUUAUACAGCGAUCAUGUGACAAAAAAUAAACCAAUUGGAUGGAUUUAAUCAAGACAAAGUGACUACUAAUUUCCCGACGAUGGGUUUCGCUCGGAACGUGGAAGUGUUCUUCUUUAUAUUUUAAGUAAUAAUUAUAUCUCUCUCAAUUCGCACCUUUUCAUAGAUAUAGCAUUAUUUAUAUGUCUGUAACACAACAUUCACCUCACAUUUCUGGACAAUAUCAACGCAAAUUGUUGCAAAUCUCUUAUUAGACAUAUUAUUAACUAAUUAGUAAGCAAGUUAAAAUUCUAGUAUUGGUAAUCUCAGACUUAAGUGAAAUAUUUCGAUGGCCAACUUGACACGUUUUAUUUUUACUCAACGUCUUAAGGAUAACCACUAAUGGUGGAGCCGCAGUGACAGGAGCCGAUUACCUCAGUAUUCGUGAAGUAGUUAACAUAACGGAUUCUCAAGAAUCUACUUGCUAUACAAUACCAAUACUUGAUGAUGACGAGUUUGAAGGAAACGAAACCUUUAGCGUUGUUUUAACGCUAAAUGCGAAUGUCUCCGGUGUUCAAGAAUCUUACGAUGAGGCUACGGUGAUUAUUGUCGAUGAUGAUG